UGUCCUGCACCCUACUUUCCUGUCCUGGAUUACAGCCGCCUGCGCUCGCUCCCUCUGCUCCGUGUGAAGAUGUGUUCUCUGGGCUUUGCCAGGUCUCUUGGUUUUGCCCUCAUCCCUCUCGCCACCUGCUGCAUCGUGGCAAACGUCCUGCUCUUCUUUCCUGAUGGAAAGGUGAACUUCGUAUAUGAUGAGCAUGUGACCACAUAUGUCUGGUACUUUAUGGGAAUCGGAGGAGGUGGUUUGGUGAUGCUGAUACCGGCCUGCGUGUUUCUGGGAAUGGGGAAGUGUGCGGAUUCCUGCGGAACAGACAGCUGUGCGAUGUGUGGUUCAGUGUUUGCGGCUCUGCUGGGAUUAGCCGGCUCUGCAUACUGCUUCCUGAUCUCCGCUGUGGCGCUCUUGAAGGGGCCGUAUUGCUUCACUCUGUUGGGAUGGAUGUCUCCUUUUGAGGACGAUGGUGGAAGGUAUCUGUUUGCUCGAGAGAAGUGGUCCGAAUGCAUCCAGCCGGCACACAUUGUGGAGUGGAAUGUGACGCUGCUGUCCAUCCUGUUGGGUCUCAGCACCCUGGAGUUCCUCCUCUGUUUCCUGCAGUUCAUCAGCGGACUGGUUAAUGCAGUGUGUCGGCCGUGCUGCUACAAACAGGAGUACAGUCUAAAUGCUUGAGGACACUUGAGUGUUUCCCAGCUUGUGUCUGAAACAGGACUGCUCCUCUGCAGCAGAGCAGAUAGAUCUGCCAAUCACACACUUCUGAACAGCUGUACAUUGCUUUGGAUAAAAACACUAGGUCGUAGGUUUCAGCUGAAUGCAUCGGGACAUUUCUACAUCACUCCAGUCGAGUUUGUAUUAGCAGUGCAUGUUUUCUGUAUUGAACAGAAGUUUGUUUGUACACUGCUAAAAUAUAAAUGUAUUUUUGUAUGAGUUCUGAUCGUUUUGUACAGGAAAUUGUUUUCUAAAUAAUUUAAAUGUUGAGAGUAACAGAAGUACAGAUGAUGAAUGUUGUUUUAUAUACCUAUAAAAGCUGUUAUACGUUUUAAAUAUUCUCAUCAAUGAAUAAAUUGGUCUCGUUUUAGACUUU